AGGCUGUGGGCUAACUCACCAGACAAGACUUGGAAAGCUGCGGUCGUGCUAUUGUGCAGUGUGGUUGAACUGCAUAUCACCCUCGUCGUCAGCUCGAUGCCCGGAUUCUCCAAGUUUGUGAGGGUUUAUUUGGUCAGCAAGGCGACGGAAGGGAACACUUCGUCCGAUUACACCGGCGAGGGGAACACGCCGAGGAUUAAAAGGGAUAGGGAGCAGUAUCUGGAGUUGAGCGACUCCUGGUUGUUCAGAAGCAACGCAAUAACCGAAGUAUCUUCCGACACCACCACGGGACAGCGACCGGAAGCUGCCGGGGCUGCCGGGACGCCCGACGUUGUUAGGCAAUCGUUUUCGGAGGGACUGUUGCCCGAAAACGUGAUGAUUGUGCGUGGUAUUUCCGGGGACGAUGUUUUUCGGGAGCAGGGAGUGGAACGGGAAGAGGAAGGACCUACCUAGGGGGAGUAGAUUGCCAGAUUUAAGCACCCGCUAACAACUCCUUUGCUCUUGCCUAUUUGUCACCACAUUUACAUAGGUAGGUAUGGCUUCCAGAUUGCUUACCUCUAGCUCCCUCCCACAAGGCCGAUUUCGAGAUUUGUGGUUCUUACUGUAUAUUAAGUCAUUGAGGUUUUCC